ACUGCCUUGCAUAGGGCAGCUGGUGCUGGAAUCUUAUCGAUGGUGAAGUUACUUCUUCAAGAAAGAGCUCAUGUGGAUUGUACUGAUAUAUAUGGGAAAACCCCGCUGCAGUGGGCAGCUGAAUCUGGGAAAAUGCUUGUCGUAGGACAUCUGAUUAAGAAAGGAGCAUCAGUAAACGCAAAAGAUCAAGAGAAUGCAACAGCUUUACAUUGGGCUUCCGGUGCCGGUCACUCAAAUACUAUUGGAGUGCUUUUAUCGCAUGGAGCAGUUGUCAAUCAACAUGAUGUUUCAGGACAGACAGCACUUCACUGGGCAGCUUCCAAUGGAAGCAUGGAUACUGUUAAAACUCUUUUAAAUGUUGGUGCAAAGAAGGAUAUUGAAGACGAAAAAGGAAUGACACCAUAUGAUCUGGCAAAAAGAUUUAGACAGAAAGAAGUGCAAACACUGAUUCAGAAUUUUACUGAAGAAUCACUGUUAAAAGCAGAAGAUAAUUCAGAUGCAAACAUUCCAAACGAACAUUUUCCGUUUCCUGGAAUAAGCGACGCAAACGAAUUUAAAAAGCUGAUUGCAAAGGGAACAUUCGAAUCCUAUGAAAAUAGAGUUUAUUUGGCAGGCCCGUGUAAUUCCGGGAAAAGCAGUUUAGCAAGCAUCUUGAUAGGUGGGAAGGUUAUAACCAAAUGGCGCUCUACAGAUGGUUUAAUUAUUUACUUUGGAAGAAAUGGGAUUUUGCUUAAAAAAAAAGAAAAUGAUACCUUUACGAAUAGGAAAAAAUGAGGUAAUUUUGAAACUACUGCGUGGAAAGCCAAAUUUGAUCAUGGAAGAUACUUCAACAACCGACGAUCUUCCUAAUGAAAAUGAAAGUGG